UCUGCAAUCUCCAGCACGGCCACCCACAGCAGGGAGGCACAAGACCCUUACGCCUGCGCACACCUUACGGCCGCGGGCAGGGCCCCACCACUUCCGUCGCCACGCCCUCACGCUCACGCCCCUCCAGGUGCGCGUGCGCCGCGGGCCCGCCCCCGCCGCGCUCAGCGGUCUCUCGCGAGCCGCUGCCGCCUCCCCAGAGCUGCGGGUCGGCCUGGAGCGAGCAGCCUCGCUCGGCGCUCGCUCUCUUCCUCUGCAGCCCGGCCGGGCGGCCAUGGCGGUGCGGCGGCGGCGGCGGCGACCCGCGCCGGGCGUGGGAGCCCGGGACACGCUCGCGUUGCUGGCGCUGGCCUUGUGUGCUCCCGGUGUGGGCGGCGGGGCGCUCGAGUGGUACUCGGCCGUGGUGGCCAUCGAGUACGUGGACCCGCAGUCGAACCUGACGGUGUUGAGCGAGUCCGAGAGCGGCCGCUUCGGCGAUAGCUCGCCCAGGGAGAACAAGCAGGGCCUGGUGGGCAUCCCGCGCGCGGAAGGGGACGAGGAGGGCUGCGCGCCCGACACGCGCUUCGUGGCGCCCGGCGGCCUCGGCGCCGCGCCCUGGGUCGCGCUGGUGGCGCGAGGCGGCUGCACCUUCAAGGACAAGGUGCUGGCGGCGGCGAGGAAGAACGCCACGGCCGUGGUGGUGUACAACCAGAAGCACUACGGGAACGCCACCGAGCCCAUGUCGCACGCGGGAACAGGAAAUAUAGUCGUCAUUAUGAUUAGCUACCCAAAAGGACGAGAAAUUUUUGACCUGGUGCAAAAAGGAAUUCCAGUAAACAUGACCAUAGGGAUUGGUAUCCGUCAUAUGCAGGAAUUCAUCAGUGGUCAGUCUGUGGUGUUUGUGGCCAUUGCCUUCAUCACAAUGAUGAUUAUCUCAUUAGCAUGGCUAAUAUUCUAUUAUAUACAGCGUUUCCUAUAUACUGGCUCACAGUUUGGAAGUCAGAAUCAUAGAAAGGAAACUAAAAAAGUUAUUGGCCAGCUUCCACUACACACUGUAAAGCAUGGAGAGAAGGGACUUGAUGUUGAUGCUGAGAACUGUGCAGUGUGUAUUGAAAACUUUAAAGUAAAGGAUGUUAUCAGAAUCCUGCCAUGCAAGCAUAUUUUUCAUAGAAUAUGCAUUGACCCAUGGCUUUUGGAUCACCGAACGUGUCCAAUGUGUAAACUUGAUGUCAUCAAAGCCCUGGGAUAUUGGGGGGACCCUGAAGAUGCGCAGGAGCUACCCAUUCCAGAAGCUGCUCCAGGAAGUGUUUCUAUUGGAAAUCUGAGUGUGACUUCCCAAGAUGAGGACAGGAGUGGUGAAAGCAACCUUCCAUCAUCUUCCUCCAGUGAAUCUGGGCCAAACCGCCCCUGUUUUAAAGACGAUGCAGGGGAAGACACAGCAUUACUAGGAGCCGGCAGGAAUGACCCUCAGCAUGGAGGAUCCAUCUGCUAGCACACCUCCUCAUUGACAGCCUCACCGACAGAGCCUUGGCUUGAACUACAGGACAUUUAAUUUUUUACUCUAGGGCAUAGUUUGUAUACUUGAAAACAGUGGAUAUUAUUUUACUUUACCUUUCAGAUUCAGAUUUGAUAUACAAAGGGCUGAGAUAUUUUAUUCCUAAAAAGACUGAAUUAGCCUUCAUCUAUUUAUCUACUAAAGUAUGGUGUGUAUCAUAAAUUUUGUUGUGUCAGACUGUCACAGAUGUCGGUGGUGGUGUUUCUGAGUACUAGACUAGCUUCUGUGGUACUGUAAACCAAGAUUCUGUUUCUCAGGCUUUUAGACACAGCUCACUAAGUUAUGUAGAAUUGUGUAAUAUAAUUCAGUAAUUGAUCAAAUGGACUUUCCCUGAAGCAGAGACCUUAGAACUUGUAACAUGAGAAAUCUUGCCAUAGGCAGUGGUGCACACCUGUAAACGCAGCACUCAGGAGGCUUCAGCAAGAUUUUGAGUUCAAGCCAAAAUGAAGGGACUGAGGGGAGAGAGAAAUCAACUUUCUUGCACUAUAUCGUCCAUAGAGACUUUAAAACCAAGUAUACCUUCUUAUUUUUUGGAAUUGUGAAAAGAACACUAGUUGACUUUAUGAUUUGCAUUUUUACCUUUAUUGCCAAUUUCUUUUGACACUUAGAAGGAAAUUAUCUGUGUUUUUCUAUAAAAAAUGACAAGAAUGUCAUAUUGCACACUAAAGUAUUAAAAUAUUGUUUCAUAAGAAAAUAUAGUAGGCAUCCUGUGUUUUUUAAGUGUUUAGUAUAUUUCAGUGGAUCUAAUCUUUGUUUAAAUUAAAAUUUCGAUUUUUUGUUGUUAGACUAAAAUAACAUUUUCCUAAUGAGAUUUUAAGACAGUUCAAUCCUGUGACCUUUUAACUGUCUUUCCUCUGAUUGAUAUUCCCACAGGUAAAGCCUUUGAAGGUUGUUGUCUGAGUUCUAUAGAGUGGUCAAAUACACUUUUUAAGAGUGGGGAGUCCUUUGUUGAUCCUAAACUUGUGUUGCAAGUGUACUUUGUAGACAAAAAUAAAUGCUUGUUGACAAAAAAAAUGUAACAAACUUUAUUUAGCAGUCAGUACCAACAUUCAACACAAAAAGUUUAGAGAAUGAAAAGUGAAUAAAGGCCAGUCUUUACAUAAAAUAUAUUCCUGAUUCAAAAUAUUUUACACUUCAUGAUAAAGAGUGCUUUUUUUUUUAA